AUGGCGGCUGUGGGGGAUAAUGCUUGUUUGGACGGUGAAGACGAUCCAAAAAAUGGGGAAGACGGGCUUGUUAAUUUGUGCAAAAAGAAUGGCAUUAACCACACUUGUUUCUUAGGCGAUAAUUUCAGAGAUUCUGUUGAAGCUCGGAUUAUGAAAGUUGAGAAAUUAACUCGAUUGAAUGGGACAUCCAAAUCACAUUCUUUGCUGCAAUCCGGUGCUUCAUUCACAAAACCAACCCUCCCAACUUUGCGAUCUCGGAAAGAAAAAGUUUCUCCGGAAAUUUGUAGGAGGAAAAGAAGAUCGUCGAAGCAUGAAAGCCCAGAACAGAAAGAUAUAUUUAAUUCAUUAUUAAUGGGAAUAGAACAGGCUUUCAAAUCAGAAAGAAUUGAAAAAUAUAAUUGUCUACCUAGAUUAAUGCUAAAUGUUUGA